AUGGGAGAAGGUGAUCCCACGGCUGUCAUUAUUGACAAUGGAUCUGGGCUUUGCAAGGCAGGGCUGUCCGGAGAGCAGGCACCAAGAACAGUUGUUGCUACUGUGGUUGGCUAUCCCAAGUCCCAAGCCAUUAUGUUUGGCCCAGUGCAGAGGGAGUGUUAUGUUGGCAAAGAAGCUCAAGCCAAGAGAGGCAUCUUAUCUUUUAAGUAUCCUGUGGAACAUGGAAUAGUAACAUCCUGGGAUGACAUGGAGAAGAUAUGGAGAUACGUAUUCAGACGUGGACUCAAGAUGAGACCCCGGGAGAGGCCAGUACUGUUGACAGAGGCCCCAUUGAACCCAGCAUCAAACAGAGAAAAAAUGACAGAGGUCAUGUUUGAACAUUUCCAGGUACCUGCUAUGUUUGUGGGCCUGCAGGCUUUGAUGGCCCUCUAUGCAUCUGCUCGCACAACGGGUCUAGUCUUAGAUAGUGGAGAUGGAGUCACUUUGACGGUCCCCAUCUACAAAAGCCACUGUUUGCUUCAUGCCAUUUCUAGGAUAAAUUUUGCAGGCCGGGAUAUUACAAAAUAUUUAGCAACGCUUCUCUUGGAGAGUGGGCACAGCUUUUUGAGCUCUGCCGAGAAGGAGAUAGUGAAGAACAUCAAGGAGAACCUGUGCUACGUAACUUUAGACCCUGACCAUCAGAAGGACAAAGGAUUGGUUCAUCAAUAUAUUCUCCCUGAUGGAAAUGCUCUCAGGAUUGAUGACCAGCUCUUCAGAGCCCCAGAGUCUCUUUUUAGCCCAACUGAUGCAGGUGUCACGGCGCCUGGAAUCCACCAGAUGAUCCUAAACAGCAUUUCCAAAUGCGACGACAGCAUCCACCAAAACAUCUGGAGGAAUGUGAUAAUGGCAGGUGGAUCUACUCUUUUCCCUGGUCUAAGUGAAAGGCUUCUAAAAGAGCUCCAGGCUCUUGCACCUAGUGGCAUGCCAGCAAAAGUUGAAGCACCAGGCGAUAGGAUGCAUUCCGUCUGGAUUGGCGCAUCAGUGCUCACCAGCCUGGCUUCAUUUAGGGACAUGUGGGUUACUCGGCAGGAGUACAAAGAGGUUGGUUCAACUGUACUGCAGAAGAAAUGCUUCUGA